AUGAAGGCCGUGGUAGUUCAAGAGGGAAAGACCAUCGCAAUCAAAGACCGCCCAAUUCCCACUUUGGAUGACGAUGAAAUCCUGGUCAAGACCGUUGCCUUGGCACAAAAUCCCACAGACUGGAAGUUCGUGGACCGAAUUCAAAUCGUGGAUACGAUCCUCGGAUGUGACUGGUCGGGAUACGUUGCACAGACAGGAAAGAACGUCACCUUCCCUAAGGUCGGAGACCAUGUGGCGGGUUUCGUACAGGGAGGAACGUACCAAGAUCGCGGGGCUUACGCGGAAUAUUUGAAGACACCUGCUGAGCUCUCAUGGGUUGUACCAGAAGGAGUCUUGAGCCAUGAACAGCUAGCGACACUGGGCUGCGCAUUUUGGACCGCAAUUCAGGCGUUGUAUCAUCCCAAACGACUCGCUUUCGUAGAACCACCCGAGAAGGUCGACAAGGAACAAUGGAUUUUUGUAUAUGGUGGCAGCUCGUCCGUGGGCCAGUAUGCGAUUCAACUAGCACACCUGUCCGGUUACAAGGUGGUCACAACCGCAUCUCCGCAUAAUUUCGAACUCGUCAAAUCCCUCGGUGCCGACGUGUUUUUCGAUUACAAGGACCCAGAAGUCGUGAGUAAAAUCAGGGCAGCGACAGGCGACUCCAUUCGAGAUUCCUUCGACACAAUUAGCUUGAGAGAGUCGCAAGAGAUCUCGGCAAAGGUAAUAGCGCCAGAUGGAGGCCGCCUUAUUCUUCUUCUAGCACCAAUCGCGGAAGCGAAGGUGCGCGACGAUGUGAAGAUUACCCACACGCUGAUUUACACUGCGCUCGGUCGUACAUUCUCGCUCGGCCCUAACUCAUUGUACACCGCGUCUUCCGAGGAUCGUAAUCAUAUGGCGGCGUUCCUGAAAAAAAUUCCCACACUUGUGAAGGAGGGAAAGAUCUUACCGAAUCGGAUACGGCUCUGGGAGGGUGGCCUGGAUGGUAUCCCAGAGGGGCUACAAUACAUGAGGGAGGGCAAGGUCAGCGCUGAGAAAAUCGUGUAUCGUGUGUAA